UUUUUAUAUUAUUGCCUGUGUUUAUCUAAUCAUUGGAGAGGGCCGGUGGAAAUUUUUUCAAUUGUAUUGUGUUAAUUCUUUUCAUUUGCAAUUAUUUUUUUUAGUUUAGCAGCAACUUUUCAAAAUGAUUAACGUUUUAAGGAACACUCUAAAAUUGGGUCAUACGAUCCGUCCAAUGCAACAGGCUCAGCGCAACAUUGCCUGUUUGUCUGCUUUACCCGAGACCCAUCAAAUGUUGCAAAAAACAUGCCGGGACUUUGCCAAUGCUGAAUUAGUGCCCAAUGCAGCCAAAUGUGAUCGUGAACAUUUAUAUCCCGAACAGCAGAUUAAGAAAAUGGGGGAAUUAGGUCUAAUGGCUGUAGCGGUACCAGAAGAAUUGGGCGGCACUGGUUUGGAUUAUUUGGCUUAUUCGAUUGCCAUGGAAGAAAUUUCUAGAGGUUGUGCCUCUGCCGGUGUUAUUAUGUCUGUCAAUAAUUCAUUGUAUUUGGGCCCAAUUUUGGGUUUCGGCAAUGAUGCUCAAAAGCAAAAGUUUAUUACUCCUUUUACGGCAGGUGACCCAGUGGGUUGCUUUGCUUUAUCCGAACCUGGCAAUGGCUCAGAUGCUGGAGCCGCCACAACAACUGCCGUAGAUAAGGGCGAUCACUAUCUUUUAAAUGGCACCAAAGCUUGGAUUACCAAUGGCUAUGAGGCCAAAGCUGCAGUGGUUUUUGCCACCACCGAUAAAUCCUUAAAACACAAAGGUAUUUCUGCCUUUAUUGUACCCAAAGACACCAAAGGAUUUUCUUUGGGCAAAAAAGAAGAUAAAUUAGGCAUUCGUGGCUCUUCCACAUGUCAGCUGAUAUUUGAAGAUUGUGUCAUACCGAAGGAAAACAUGUUGGGUCAACCUGGUUAUGGCUUUAAAAUUGCCAUGAAAACUUUAGAUGCCGGUCGCAUUGGCAUUGCCAGUCAAGCUUUGGGCAUUGCUCAGGCAUCGCUAGAAUUGGCCGUGGAUUAUGCCCAAAAGCGUAUAGCUUUCGGUAAGCCAAUUUCCAAAUUGCAGGCUAUUCAAGAGAAAAUUGCCGAUAUGGCAGUGAAAGUAGAAUCGGCACGCCUGUUAACAUGGCGUUCAGCUUGGUUGAAGGACAACGACAAACCCUAUACGAAAGAGGCCGCUAUGGCUAAAUUGGCAGCUUCUGAGGCGGCCACAUGGUGCAGUCAUCAGUGUAUACAGGUGUUGGGUGGUAUGGGUUACGUAAGCGAUAUGCCGGCUGAACGUUAUUACCGAGAUGCUCGUAUUACAGAGAUUUAUGAAGGCACCUCGGAAAUUCAACGUUUGGUAACAGCUGGUUCCGUGCUUAAGGAACUGAGUGCCUAAAUAGAUGAGUAAAACAACUCUAAAGAAAAAAAUAUCAAAAUCGAAUUUGUUCGCAACAUUAAAAGUUAUUUUCUUAAAGAGAAUUAAUGUUACGAAUAUUUUUUAAGUGCAUUUAAUAUUAUAUACACUAUUAUUAUUAAAAUAAGUUUAAAAUAUACAUAACUUGUUUAUUAUGGUAAAAAACUAUGGAUUUUCUAGUAUAAAAUAAUAAAAAACUUGAGUGCUUGUUAAA